AUGGUCUUCACCAAGCUUGUCAUUGCCGGAAGUUCUGGUUACGUGGCCGACCAUGCGAUCCGUGCUAUCUUAGCUUCGACGGAGCCGAAGUUUGAUGUCACUAUCCUGACCCGAGCCGAUAGUGACAAGACACCACCCUCGAUACCAGGUGCGAAGAUUGUUCCAGUCGACUACAACGACCACAGCGCCCUUGUGCGCGCCGUGUCGGGAGCAGAUGCAAUUCUCUCUUUUCUAUCUGGGCCUGCAGCUAGAGUGGUCGAUCAGCUUUUGCUCAAAGCAGCACAGGCGGCCAGUGUCCGACGGAUUUUUCCAUCCGAGUAUACUUUGGACGUCCUGCACCCAGCGGCGGUGUCUCUUUUGACAGAAGGUGGUGAUUGGCAGGAGGAUCUUUCACCAGUGGUGGCUGCGCGCAAAUUCCUUGCCCUUGCCGACGAAGGGGGGCCUACUAGCUUCACAACGCUCAUUACUUCGGGCUUCAUUGAUUCGUGGCUAGAGGGCGACUUUGGCUCGUUUGAUCCUAAAAACGGCAAAGUGACAGUGGUUGAUAGUGGCGAUCACUAUUUCACCGGAUGUUCGUUGCCUUUCCUUGGAGCGGCCAUCGUCGCGGUGCUUAAGAUGGACGAGGAAAGGACUAAGAACAAGCGUAUUCACAUCGCCGAGUUGCGUGCGACCAUGAACCAAAUCGCGGAUACCUAUGAUGAGGUAACUGGAACCAAAUUUGAGAGAAGUCGAGUCACAUCUCAAGAAUUGAUCAGCCAACGCAACGCAAGCCUGAAGGCUGGAAAUGCGGUCGGUGCCUACUUCGGUGCCAUCCAUCUAGGUGCUUUUAAUGGCUGCGGGGCGGGCGACCUGAAGGAUGGCCUACAGUUCGAUGGCGAUGGCUUUUUGAAUGUGAGAAGAAAGACUCUCAAGGAACUAGUUGUCGAGGCUGUGAGCAAGGUUGGAGCCGCCUGA